CCCGGCCCUCGUCCUGGAGCCUGUGGGCCCCUCUGGACUCUCCAGCCACGUGUCUGGACUGGGACCGAAGACGGGCCCCGGCCUCCUGUCUUCGCCCAAAGGCUGGGCCUGAACCUCGGGCCGAGGGAGCCCCGACGGGCUGAUGCCGAGUCUCCCCUCGGUGCUGUCGGCGUGGGGGCGGGGGGCGGGGUGGAGAACACUCGGUAGCACCGCCCGGCGCCCUUUAGGGCUGGAGCAGCCCCGGUCUCCAGGCCGCUAAACGCCGUUUUGGACAACCCCAAACCCGCCCCCACAGGUUUCCAAACGGUGGCGGCUCUCCUCCCCAAGCACAGGCAUCAGGGCUUCCUGGGUUGACAUUCGGCUGCCCCUGGGCACCUCAGAGCGUCCUAACCUAUAAGCUUUACACUUACCUUGCAGGGUAAUCGUGAGGCUUAGAAAUGACAUGAGCAGGGCCUAAUGCGGAGCUGGCACAUUCCUCAAGUCACUGGUUAAAAGAAAGAAAACGCUGCUCAAGGUCCUUGUCGGAGACGAGCACUGGGUCUCACUCCCUCGCGUGAUCCUGUGGGAGGCUCUGUGAAGACCUGGUUCUCCCCGGAGACAACUUCAUCCCAGAAGAACUUCACCUAGAAGGACGUGGCAGGCCAGAUGAUGCCUGUGGAGCUGGGGCAGGCCCUCGUCCUGCUGCCACCGCUGGCAAAGGCAGAGGACUCCCUGGUCUCUGGACCAGAUGCUGCCCUUCGAGGGGAGCCCUCCAGCCCUGAGGCUGCACGCCAGCUUUUCAGGCAGUUUCGUUACCAGGUGAUGUCUGGGCCCCAGGAAACCCUGAGACAACUUCGGAAGCUCUGUUUCCAGUGGCUGCAGCCAGAGGUUCACACCAAGGAGCAGAUCCUGGAGAUCCUCAUGUUGGAGCAGUUCCUGACCAUUCUGCCCGGGGAGAUUCAGAUGUGGGUGCGGAAACAGUGUCCCGGCAGCGGAGAGGAGGCAGUGACCCUGGUGGAAAGCUUGAAGGGAGACCCCCAGAGGCUGUGGCAGUGGAUCAGCAUCCAGGUUCUAGGACAGGACAUCUUACCCGAGAAGGAGGAGUCUGCAGGCUGCCAAGUGGGGGAAGUGGAGUCUCUUCUUGAAGUGACACCUCAGGAGCUGGGACUUGGGAAUUCACCCUCUGGGCCCGGGGAGCCACUGAGCCACAUGGUGAAGGAGGAGUCUGAAGCGGAACAAGAGCUAGUGGCUGCUUCCCAGCUUCCUGCCCAGCCUGAGGAGAGGCUCAUCGGAGACCAGGACUUCGGAACCUCACUUCUCCACACGGCACCUCAGGAGCACUGGAAGCACCUGGAUUCCAUUCAGAAGGAGCAAUACUGGGAUCUCAUGCUGGAGACCUAUGGGAAAAUGGUCUCAGGAGGCAUUUCCAAUUCCAAGCCUGACCUGACUAAUUCAACAGAGUGUGGGGAAGAACUGGCAGGACUGCACCUGCAUGUCAGUGAGAAGAUCCCAAGACCCACCUGCAGAGAACAAGACCAUCAGCCAAGAACUCUAUAUCCAUCAAAACUACCUUUCAAAAAUGAAGGAGAAAUUAUGGCAUCCCAGAUUUUUUUUUUUUUAAGUGAGAGAGACAGUUCAUUACUAGCAAACCAGCCUUACCAGAAAUAUGAAAUGAGUCCUUCAGGAUGAAAUGAAUAGACCCUAGACAGUAACUCAAGUCACAUGAAGAAAUAGAGUACCA